AUGCAGUCAAAGGUCCAUGCCGUCCCAGAAGAAGAAGACACCACUCACGCGGACUCCGCAGUCAACGAGCUGACCCUGGUCACGUACGAUGGAAUGUACACCGUCAAUAAGAACAAGCUCACAAAGACCUCGCUCUUCGUGAAGGACGCCCUCCGGGAAACCUGGACUGUCAGUUUUAUCUUUUCCCAUCCUCCUCACGUGAAGAAUUCGUCACUCCAAAACUGCGUAACUCCCAAUACGUCGGGUUGA